AUGCUCCUUUUAAGUCUCCUUAUAAGAAAAGUAGAGAGAGGAAAAAGAGUCAGGGCUUCGGGAUGUAAACUACACAAGUACCCAAGAUUACUAUAUUAUCAGACUCAAUAUAAUGUUGGAUGUGGAAAAUGUCCUGAGGGCUUUUUAUAUACGUGUUUUACGUGUAAAACACGAUUUUGCAAUACACAUCAUGAUCUGCUUAAUGCAUUUAAAUGUGGAGAAAGUAUUAACGGAAAAUAUACUGAUCAUAAAGUCAGAGACUGCUACGCAAAUAAAUGCUUUAUUUCUGUUGAUCUUCUUAAAGGUAAAACAGAAGAAGUAGCGUUAGAAAAAUAUACAAAGCAAGGAUGUGGAGAGUGCCCCAAGGGUGCAGGACAAUGCAGGACAUGCACAAAAAAUCAAUGUAACACUAAAGAUUUCUAUCAAGAAAUGAGAUAUUGUUGGAAAAAUGAUAAUGAAGUUGUAGAAUGCAGUAAAACAGCAAAUAAGAAAUGCUAUUAUGCUUAUUCCUAUGAUAAAAAAGGUGGGGGAAAAUAA